AUGGCUGUUUCUCACCAGUUCCUCACUGCUAUGCUCCUUCUGCUGCCCUUCACAACCCGUGUUUCGGCACAGCAACAAGGAUGUUCUGUCAGUAAUAGCAAACCAAGCGUUUCUGAAAAUAACCUUCCUGGCUACGUGGUGGCCACGAUCCGUGUGGAACCGGGCUUCAGUAUAUCGAUUGAUCCUACUUCUCCCGAUCAUGAAUUUUUCAUUAUAAAGGGGAAUGAGCUGCAGCUGAGCCAAAGUGUGGACUAUGAGCUGUAUCCUUUGCUGAUCGUGUACCUGAGCUGCCAGGACAGCGCCGGGCAGAGCGAUUCUUUGGAAAUUCUUGUGACCAUUCUCGACGUGAACGAUAACACCCCCGUGUUCCAGCAAACAAAUCUCACCAAAGUUGUUCCUGAGGAUACAAAAGUGAAUUCAACCAUUAUAGCCUCCGAAGGUUUAAGGGCCUCUGAUGCUGACCUGGACACCAUCUAUUACGAACUCACAACAAUAGUGCCGGGCACAGAUGGUUAUUUUGCCAUAAAAGGAAUGAAUAACCCAGAAAUUUAUUUACAAAAAGCACUGGACUACGAGAAAUUUAAAUUGACGACAUUGCUCUUGUAUGCCAGGGACAGACCUAUGGGCAGCAAUGAGACCACCAACACAGGUACCGCAACGAUAAAUAUAUUUAUUGAACAAGCUGACACCAAACCCCCCUGGUUCCUACCCUGUACCUUCAUCAAUGCGGACAACAGCGUUUGCAUCAGCAGCCCCUAUACCGGGAGGGUCAAUAUCUCUGAGAUGUCGACAGAACCGCUCAUCCUAGAGCCGGGGCCGAUCUAUGCUGUCGAUCCUGACUACACCAUAAAUGAAAAAAUCGUGUACAGUAUCGUUGGAGGGGAUGCAGACAAAGUAUUCUCAGUGGAUGCAGACACAGGGAACCUAACAAUGAACAAAGUAGCAACUUCCCCAGACUCCUACCUGUUGCAGGUUAUGGCCACCCAGGUCAACAACAUACAGAAAUACUCCGUAGCCACUGUAGAGAUUAAGGUCAUCAAUAAGAGUUACCACCCACCGAGCUUUGAGAGCAGGGUCUACAACGGGACAGUGUUUGUUGGUCUGGCCCCGAAAAGCUUUGUCUUCCAGGCUGAUGAUCCCUCAAGCCCCUUGAUGAUAACAGCAACAGAUGAUGAUUUCCCUGAUAAAGCCAACCCAAACAUUGAGUACUACAUAAAAAACAGCACCGAAUUCAUCGCAACCAGAGAUGGACUCAUCCUGACAAACGUGAUGCUGCAGUCACCCGGAACUGUAACCAUUGAGGCUGUUGGAAAAGACAUGUUGAGCCUGCAGGAGGCGAGCACUGUAAUCGUGGUGGAGGUCACCCUUGCCGCAGCUGUAACCUCCUCUGACAAGAUAUACACUGCUCAGGAUAUGGCUAUCUUAGGUGGUACGUUAGCAGCACUGCUAUUACUUGUCUUGGUCUUCCUUGGAGUGAUGAUAUAUAAACAGUGUGGAAAACCAGUCAAACACCUGAUAAGAAAAAAAGUCUCCAAGAAAAUCGCAGGGGGCUACCAGAAUCAAUCUUACGAGCAAGAUUCGAGCCCCGUACAGCACGAAACGCUAGAAAACGGUGGUGUGAGGUCAAUGCCGCACAUGCUGCAGCAGCCAGCGCUUCCCUUGCCCUCUUCCAGUGCAGAAGAAAUUGAUAGUCUCCCAAAAGCUUCUAUAGCUUCCACCAUCAUCUUUGAACAGGAAGAGAAAGAGGAAGAAGUGGAAGAAAAGACCGAGCAUGAGGAAGAAACUGAGCAGGAGAAAGAAGUGAAGUCUAUCCUCAAGACAGACAGGAACAUGGGAGAUGAUGGCUACAAAGCUGUGUGGUUUAAGACCGAUGUGGAUCCAGAUGCUGGAGAGAUGGUUGAAUUGAUUGAGGAUAAUGUAGCAGAUAGCGAUGAUGACAGUGACCAUAGUCUGGAGGAGGGCAGGGAAGAAGAUAAUGACAAGGACGAUCACCACAGAGGGCUUGGAGUGUCCUUUGCCUCAGGAAGCUCAUCACUCUCACUCCCAACAGCAGAAGUGAUAGGCAACAUGUCUCACACAGAUAUAGUGACAGAUGACAGUCACUUAUAA